CUUGUCAUUUAAGACUUGGCAUAAUAUAAGGAUAUCAGUGUGGCCUGGUUUUUCACCUCGAUAUAAAACGGUGACAUUGUUAGCGAUAUGGCAGACGACAUAUCUGUUCCUGGCGAUUUAAUUUUUCCGCUGUCAAAAGAAAACAACAUUUCACAGUGAAUUCCACGUGGAUUUUGUGAAAAUGUCUUUUUCUUUCUUUACCCACGUGGAUUUGACUACUUUCUUCAUUUUUUUAGCUGUGUUUCUGGUCUCACUUUAUUUUAUGUCAAAACAGAGAACAAGCAUUCCAGGACCUUUUGCUCUACCUCUUGUUGGAAACCUCCCCCAGUUCGUUGGAAUGGGACCACGAAAACAUAUAGAAUUGUUGAAGCUGAGUAGGAAGUACGGGGGUGUUUUUCGCCUGUAUAUUGGACCAUUUCUGCUAGUUUUUAUCAGUGGUUAUGAGAAUAUUCAUGAGGCAUUUGUCAGACAAGGAGCAAGUUUUAGUCACCGUCCAAAUUGGCUACCAGCGAUCAAAAAGAGAGCAGAAAAAUAUGGAUAUGGAAUAGCCUGGGGUAAUGGGGAUCAUUGGAAAAAAGUUCGGCGCUUUGCCCUGCAGACUAUGAGAGAUUUUGGCGUGGGUAAAAAAUCACUGGAAGAAAUAAUACUAGAUGAAGCAAGGUUGCUAGGCGACGAAUUUGCAUCCAGAGAAGGCCAACCAAUUAGCGAUGUAAAAAACAUGAUGACAACCUCAAUAAGUAAUGUCAUACACUACAUCACGUUUGGUUUCCGAUACCCACAUGAUGACAAAACCUUUUUGAAAGUGAUCAAGUUACUUGACGAGGUAUUUCAAGGUCCAGGGCCGCUAUUAGCUUCUCUUCCAGAAUGGUGCCAGUUUGGAAAAUUGAAAUCCAGUGUUCAGAGAAGUAGAAAGGGCCUUGAACUCUUAGAAAACUACAUAGCAGGCCAGAUAGCUGAGCAUGAAAAAACAUAUGAUGAAAAUAACAUCAGGGAUUUCGUUGAUCUGUACAUACAAACCCAGCGGGCUGAAGGGGAAAUAAAGGGAAAAGGAACUUUUCAUCAUUUGUUCCGAGUGAUUUUGGAUUUGUUUAGCGCUGGUACAGAGACAACUGGAACCUCUCUAGACUGGACCUUACUGUAUAUGAUAGGUUAUCCUGAAAUUCAGCAGAAAUGUUUUAAAGAAAUAGAAAAGGUUGUUGGCUUGGGUCGAGAGGUUCGUUUAUCAGACAGAUGUUCAAUGCCUUACAUAGAGAGUACACUUUUGGAGGUUCAAAGAAUAUCAAAUAUCGCCAGCAUGUCAUUACCACACAUGGCCACACAAGACAUACAAAUAAAUGGUCAUACAAUACCACAGAACGCCAUAGUAUUGGGAUUCUUAACAACAUCACAUUUAGACCCAAAACACUUUCCUGAACCACGUCAGUUCCGACCAGAAAGAUUUAUUGAUGAUGCCACUGGGACGGUUAAGUAUCAAGACCGACUCAUUCCAUUUUCAAUAGGACCUAGAGCAUGUCCUGGAGAAUCGCUUGCAAAAACAGAAAUGUUUCUCGUGUUUUGUAAUCUCAUUCAAAAGUUUCGCUUUUCCAAAGUAUCUGAUGAUGACGUAUUAAAUUAUGAGGGAACAACAGGUGUUACAACGUGUGCAGCGCCAUACAGACUUAAAGUGGAACUAAGGCAUCAGACCAUUCACAGCGAAAUAUUCAAAGACAACAGAAUGCCUUAUAAUCAAGUUUUGGGAUCCACAAUUGAUCCAGCUUCUUGGGUCAAAUUGUCCCCUGUUUCCGUCUUAAGUUUUCUAGAUCUGACCACAAUCUUGGUUUUCACCCUUGUGUUCUUGGCUCUAGCCUUCGUGAUGGGUAGACCGGCUACAUCUAUACCCGGACCAUUUGCGCUUCCUUUCAUUGGAAAUCUUCCUCAGUUUCUCCGUAUGGGUAAAAAACGACAUGUGGGAUUACUGGCUCUGCGGAAGAAGUACGGUGACGUGUUUCGUCUGUAUGUUGGUCCGUAUUUGAUGGUGGUCAUCAGUGGGUAUGACAAUAUACAUGAUGCUUUUGUUAAACAUGCAGCCCAAUUCAGCGAUCGUCCAAACUGGUUACCCGAGAUACAGAGAAGGACAAAUAGUGGUUUUGGCAUUGUUUGGGCAAAUGGAGAGAACUGGAAGAAAGUACGUCGAUUUGCUCUGCAGAGCAUGCGAGAUUUUGGCGUUGGGAAGAAAUCUCUUGAGGAAGUUAUCCAAGACGAGGCAAAAACUCUGAGUGCUAUAUUCGCUUCCAAGGAAGGACAACCCAUCUCUGACGUAAAACGCAUGAUGACGACAUCGAUUAGCAACGUUAUUCACCAUGUUGUGUUUGGAUUUAGGUAUCCUCACGAUGAUGAGAAUUUUUUGGAAUUGAUCGAGGCCUUGGACACUCUGUUUAAAGGGCCUGGGGUCAUCAUAGGAUCACUUCCAAGUGUUCUGCAGUUUGGAAUGGGAACUCCAAAGAAGGAAAGAAAAAAAGCACAAGAAGUCUUACUCCAUUACAUAACAAAUCAAAUAGAAGAGCACGAGAAAACAUAUGAUGAAAACAACAUCAGAGAUUUCGUAGAUCUUUAUAUACAAUCACAGAAAGAAGAUGGCGAAAUGAAAGUUAAUCAUUUGUUCCGAGUUAUCUUAGAGUUAUUUUCGGCGGGAACAGAGACCACAGGAACAUCUCUAGAUUGGGCCUUUCUAUACAUGAUAAGUCAUCCCAAAAUUCAAGAGAAAUGUUACGAAGAAAUUAAAAAGGUUGUUGGUGUUGAUAGGGAAGUUCGUUUAUCAGACAAGUCACAGUUACCUUAUGUUGAAGCCACACUUAUGGAAGUACAAAGGAUAGCAAAUAUAGCGACCUCAUCUCUACCACACACGGCGACUGAGGAUGUUGUUAUAGCUGGUCACGUGAUUCCAAAGAACGCCAUAGUAAUGGGUUUCCUCACAUCGUCACAUUUAGAUCCGGAAAACUUUUCUCAACCACACGAAUUCUGUCCAGAGAGAUUUAUUGAUGAAGAAACUGGAAAAAUAUCAAACAAAGACCACCUAAUUCCUUUCUCAAUAGGUCCAAGGAUAUGUCCAGGAGAGUCUUUGGCUAGAACGGAAAUGUUUAUUGUGUUUUCUAAUCUCAUUCAAAAGUUCCGCUUUUCGAAAGUAUCAGAGACUGAUGUGUUGAACUUUGAAGGCCUUGUUGGAAUAACAACGUUUGCUCAACCAUACAGAUUAAAAGCAGAAAUUCGAUAGUUACAGUUAUGUGAAUUUUAAAGUUAUAUGCAUAAUAAAACUUGUUAGAAUGUUGAAAAUAAUUACAAAAGUACUAGGGUAUAUGGUAUGGUUGAUGUUCAGAGAAAAUGUAACAUUAUUUGCAUGUAUUUCUUGCCUUUUACCUAAUAAACUGACGUACAGUAUAA